AUGGGAGAGAGAAGAGAGAAAGAAAGAGUAGAGAGGUGGGGAGCAGGGAACAAAGAGCGGCAGUAAGAUCAGAGACCGAGAUAGAGAAAUCUCCUAUCUCUCUCUCUAUAUGACACUAUCUUUCUCUCGCUCUCUCUCUCUCUCUCUCUUCUCUCUCUCUUCUCUAACCUCCUGCCCAGAAUGUGCUCAUCAUUGUGCGAUAGAUAGAUCGAGGAUUCUGAGAUUCAUGUCCUAACCUGAUCAUCUCUCUCUCUCUGUCUCUACAGGUCCUUGCAGAUGCAUGUGUGGCACCUACCGGAUCACCUACCAAGCCGGUGUGUACACACUGUGUGUGUGUGUGUGUUGUGUGUAUCCUAACAUUUGUGCUAAACUGACCAUAGAUCAGUGUCUGAGGUCUAACUUCACCCUAUCCCUUUUUUUUUUUUUUUUGGUACAGACAGAUACUCACAUGGCCUCUCACUGCAGCCUGUCUGCCUGUCUUUCUCUGUCUGUAUGUUAGUACCUGUCUGCCUCUGUCUGUCUGUAUGUUGGUACCUGUCUGCCUGUCUCUCUCUGUCUGUAUGUUAGUACCUGUCUGCCUCUGUCUGUCUGUAUGUUGGUACCUGUCUGUCUGUCUCUGUCUGUCUCUGUCUGUCUGUAAGUUAGUACCUGUGUCAUUCACUGACCGGAAAAUAGCCAUUCCCGAAUACUGUAAUCAUUCAAACUGCCGUUUAAAGAUGGGCAAGAUAUUGGGCCUUUUCAGUUACUUAAGCUGUUUAUGGCCUUUCUAACUUGGCUGGCUCUGGUCUUUAAGGUCAUUCAGGGCCAAGAGUUCCAUAAUGAUAUGCUGUCUUUAUGGAAGGCGUGUAUAUUAAAUAUGGAUGAUUAGAUCUGUCUAUUGGCUAGUGGUUAAGAUGACCAUCAUUUGAGUGUUUGGUUAGGGGGGUAAUCUCUCCACAUACGGAGUGGUUGGUUAGGGGGGUAAUCUCUCCGCAAGGCCCAUACAGAGUGGUUGGUUAGGGGGGUCAUGUCUCCGCAGGGCCCCAUACAGAGUGGUUGGUUAGGGGGGUCAUCUCUCCGCAGGGCCUAUACAGAGUGGUUGGUUAGGGGGGGUCAUCUCUCCGUAGGGCCCCAUACAAAGUGGUUGGUUAGGGGGUUAAUCUCUCCGCAGGGCCCCAUACAGAGUGGUUGGUUAGCGGGGUCAUCUCUACACAGGGCCACAUACAGAGUGGUUUCUCAGUAUGUGUGUUAUUCUUCUGAAAGCCUAUAAUAAUGGAAAGACAAAUACAUGGAAGAUCCUCAUCCGUAGUUCAAAUUGUGUGUGUUAUGAAUGGAUGACGUAUGAAGGUAUACCAAACAGAGUUGUGAGGUUCUCCUCACUCACGUCUAUGUGACGUCCUGGGAUUGUGAUGAGAAUACUCACUCACAGGGUCAGAAGAUCAUGUUCAACUCUGAUGUUUUUCAUCUAUUCUAGGGGCUAUGUCCGUAUAGUCUUGAAAUGUCUUGAAUGGCUUCCUUCCUUCCCUCUGUCCUUCCUUCCUUCCCUCCUUUAGCCGUCCACUGAUCCUCCUUGGGUGAGAUGAGAGAAAUAAAAAGCGGUGUAAUGCUACUUUUUGUCCUCUAGAAGGUGCUCUAGUCCACAGCACCUUGUCUUGCGUCGGGGAGGCAAAAAAUAGUGUGGUGCUUUGACUUCAUGACAAACCGUUUCUGCAUUAAGCCACUAUGAGUGCCAUGGUGAGGGGGUCGAUUCCAUUUCAGUUCAGGAAGUAAACUGAAAUGUAAAAAUUCUAAUUCCAUUUUCGUCUCCUAGAGAAGCAUUGAGGGAAAUUGGAAUUAGAACUGGAUUUUUCUGUUUACUUUCUGAAUUGACUGACUUGAAAAGGAAUUGGCCCCAACCCCUGGUCACGACCGAAUUUUCUUCUAAUCCAAACAGUCCACAUCCAAACAUUUGUGCUGAUUCCCUGUGGACUGUGUCUGUUUUGACUCCCAUGGCUUUAAAACAGUGCUACUGAUGUUUAUUUUGAGCGUUCCUCUGCAUUUUUUUUUUUUUUUUUCCCUCCCAUGCAUUCUUAGCACGGUAGCAUGCUUUCCCUAAAGAUACUUUUGUAGCUAUGAGAGUGGGACACCAUAAGACAUGAUACAAAUGUAAACACUCAAUAAACCUGUUCAUUUCAAUGGUUUGGAGUGGGCUUUUAUAUUUUCACCAUCAUGUCCUGAUGCCCACUCCUAUGAGGAGCAUGUUAGGCUGAUGGAGAGUUAACUGCUAUCUAUCUCCCUGUUUAAAUAUUGACUUACACACACUGAUGCUUCUACACAUACACACAUACACACAUACAUACACACACACACACACACACACACACACCACACACACACACACACACACACACACACACCACAACACACACACACACUGUUUACUGAUGCUUCUACACACACACUGUUUACUGAUGCUUGAUGCAUCUACACACACUUAAACUGAUGCCCACACAGCAACAAAUGAUGUACAUGUGAGCAGUGAGUGUGUGUGUGUGUGUGUGUGUGUGUGUGUGUGUGUGUAUGUGUAUGUGCGUGUAUGUGUAUGUGCGUGCAUGUGUGCAUGCGUGCAUGUGUGCAUGUCUGUGUGUGUGUGUGUGUGCGUGCCCAUGUGACCGAGCGAGUGUGUGUGUGUGUGUUUGUGUGUGUGCAGGCCCAAGGCCCUCAUGUUCUCCUCUCAGGGUUAAUGGAAUGGCAGUGUGUCUCAGGUGGAUCAUUAACAACGUUCAGGGAGGAGAGAGUUCUAUAAAAGAACCUUCACAGCUGCUUUUCUUGUCUCUCUUCUUCUCUCUAUCUAUCUAUCUCCCUUCCUCUCUUUGUCUUGUUCUUUUUCCCUGUCUCCUUUCUACUAUCCCAUGUGACAGAGGUCAGUUGCUUCGCUUAAUUCACGGGUGAGUAGCACAACCAGGUCUGGACCUCGUCUGUCUUGAAAAAGUGAUUGAAUCAGAUUAACCUGCAUGGAGAAAUAAAGGAUCAACAAAGAAGGGUAUAUAUUCACCUGCUCUCCAUCUCUCUCUCCCUUCAGCCAGCCACUCCUCAGCUGCCGUUGAAGCAUGUAGAAACUCCGGUAAGUCUCUCUCUCUUCAUACUUCUGUGAUGUUGAUGAUUGCUAUUUGCAAUAGUUAUUAGCCUAUACAUCGAUAGGGAUGUUACAGAACCUUUGGCUUGUCUGGGCAGUGUGAUGUACUGUAGUGCCAUAGGUGACCAUUCCUAAUUGUAUGGAGGUGACCCCAAAAUAGUUAUGCUUGACUCCUUUACUGUUGAGACGUGGGAUCAACUCUGUAAAGCUUAGCUGUCAUGUUGUUAUCAAAAUGAGUGUUCAGACAUGGACUAUUUUCAAGGAGGUUGACGUAAGAGCACUAUUAUAAACUGGGCGGUUCGAGCCCUGAAUGCUGAUUGGCUGACAGCCAUGGUAUAUCAGACCGUAUACCAUGGGUAUGACAAAACAUGUAUUUUUACUGGUCUAAUUACAUUGGUAACCAGUUUAUAAUAGCAAUAAGGCACCUCGGGGGUUUGUGAUAUAUGGCCAAUAUACCACGGCUAAGGGCUGUGUCCAGGUACUCUGUGUUGCGUCGUGCUUAAGAACAGCCCUUAGCCGUGGUAUAUUGGCCAUAUACCACACCUCCUCGGGCAUUAUUGCUUAAUUAUAAAAUACCUCCUGGACCCAGAGAACAUGGAAAGUUCACUGCAAUAUUUCCCACCCCAGUGGCUUACUCUGUUUCAGUGGAAGUCCAGUUGUUGAGCCAUUCUGUACUGUACUGUAUGAACCCAGUAGAGAUGAGUCGGUGAAUACAGACGUCACCCAGUUGUGGACUACGGCUGUAUAUGUUUGCUGCUGACAGACAGACAGACCACAAACAGACAGAAUUAUCUGUGGAUGGAUGGACCCUGCUUUAUUUCGGAUGCAGUUACCUUACAUGCACUUGUAGCAUACAUUCUCAUCUUCACACACAAACUGUACACAUACAUUUGUUUAGGGGAGAGUGGGGUAAGUUGAGAGUUUUUUAUAUUCAGCAUCACUCCGUCAGGGGAAAUAUAGUAUUCUUUCUAUCAAAGAUAUCUACAUAUAUUUCAGGAGUUUGUGUAUCCCUGGAAAUAAUCAGAAUUAAUGUAAACUUUACAGUUUUGAAAACAUAGCUUGUCAAAAAAAUGUGGUCUCUUGGCACAACUUAACCCGGGUAUAGGGUAAAUUGAGCUGUGGGACAGGGUAAGUUAAGCCGCCUACACAUUUCUGUACUGAAUGAAAUAUUACCACUACCUUUUUAAAACCAUGUAUAUCUUUAUUUCCCAAACACAAUUCAACACAAUCACAAUCACUUUAUUGUCUUUAAAUAAUUGUAAGGAUAUUUUAACACAGGCUUAACACCGAACAAACACUUUCUACUUUUUCUUAAACACUUUUAACAUAGGUCAGGCCCUGUUGUUACCUCAUCCCAGCGAUAAUGCCUUUGCAUUAUGCCUGGGAAGAAAACACUUCAAUUUGCUCAACUUGCCAUUGGCUCAACAAUUAGCUAAACUUACCGCAAGGCAAACAUUUAGACUAUAUUAGCCCACACAGCUACAAGGAUGACCUUUCAUGCUAGGAUUAGGAAAUCAUAUUGAAGCUUAUAGAGACCCCCAACUGUUGUAUAUCUUAAAAGUAUCUACUUUGGUUUAGAUACAAACAUCAUUAAACCUCUAACACAAUAAAUUAAUUUGACUUGGUGAAAAUAAUUAUGGGGGACUUAACUUGAUUACCACUUUUUCAAUGUGGUUUCUUCUUAUACAGACUCCAUGAAAUGAUGACCUCUUCCUAAAUAUUUGGUCAAAUGAUACUUACCCCACUCUCCCCUACUGUACACACAGUACAUACUUUAUACCCAUGUACGGUAGGUGGAGGGAAGCUACGCAGCUUGAGGUUUUUUAGAAUCACAAAUCCAACUGGCAAAGCAACAGAGAGAGGGGGAGGGAGUAAGAGAAAGAGGGGGGGAGGGGGAUGUGAGGGAGAGGGCAGAUGAGAUGAGAGGGGGAGUGAGAAGAGGGGAAUGAUAUAGAUCAAUAUGAAGAGGGGCGUGAAAAUACAGAAAAAAGAGAAGAAGUGAAGGAAGAAAAAGGGGAAGACAGAAGACAGACAGACAACAGACAGACAGGAAAAGACAGACAACGACAACAAGCGGUGAAUUUGAGAGUUGUAGGUGUAUGUGUGAGAGAAAGAGAGACAGACAGAGAGAGAGAAAGAGAGAGCAAGAGAGAGAGAGAGGGGGGCAGACAGUAGGUAGGAUGUUCUGGUUUAUAAAGGGUUAGGGUUAGACAACGAGACAGAACGAUGGUGACAGUGGACUAAAAACGGGGAGACUUGAAUGGUGCCCCUAAAAAUGCCCCCAGUUUCGUCCCAAAAUGUCACAGGGGGAGUGAGAGAGGAGGGGAGGAUUUUAGUUUUUCCUUUUUAGAAUUCGAAAAGCGACUAACGCUUUAGAGAGGGAAGGAUGGUAAAAUUUUUUUGUUAGCCAAGGGGAGAGCCACUUGGUUGUUGAAAAAAAAAGGGCUUUCCAUUGUGCGUGGGGGGGCGGCCGGGUCGGGCCCAAAUGCCCCGGGGUAGAUUUAAGCAACUUACUGUGCCCCAGGAAAGCCCCGGGUGCUCGACGUGCUGGUAAAAAAUUUCGGGAAAAUUAAAAGGGAAGGAGAAAGCGGUGGAAAAAAAAUUUUUUGCCUUUUAAAAAACGAAAAAAUUAGGGAGGAAACGCUGAUUAGGGGGGGGGGGGCCCUUCCGGGGGUCUUCCCCUUCCUAAAAAAAAAUUCCCUACCCCCGGGGUUUUUUUCCCGGGUUUUAUCCCCCCUUUUCCAAUUUUUUGGGAAAAAAACCCCGGGGGAAACCCUAACACACUUAAACCUAACCCCAAAUUGUUUUCCUAACACUGGUUCUGUAUCCCCCUCCCCCCCUCCCCUCCUCCUCCUCCCCCCUCCUCCCAGGGGUUUGUGAACUGGGAAGCAAUUUUUAUUUUUUCCUAUAAUUGGUUUCAGGUUUCCUCUUUUUCCCGGGUAUAUUAGCACAGCCGAUAGGGAGGAGUCAGGGUUAAAAAAUUACACUAGAAAAAACACCAGCCUCUCGGGAAAUAUUUGGAAAUGUGUAAUUGGUAGCAAGGUAAAAGGAUUUUUUGGAAGAGUGUUAGCCCCAAAUACCUUCAUAUCCCACUUUUCCCAAAGGGGCUUUCCCCUAGCACAAUGGGGGGGUGUCGCUUUAAAAAAAUAAACUUUAAUUUAAACUUGGAGAGUAGUAGUAUUUAGAGGGGACCCACCACACAAAAACACAACACAAAACCCACAAGAAAGAGAGAGCGAGGAGAGAAAGAAGAGAGAGAGAAAGACGAGAGAGUAUAGAGAGAAGAGAGCAAAGAGAGAAGGAGAGAGAGAGAGAAAAAUAUGAAGAAUAAGGAUAAAUAAAGAUGGCAGAGAGGAGAGAAGAGAGUAAGCAGAAGAUAAGCAAAGAGAGAGGAGAAAAAAAGAGAUAGAUAGGAGGGAGAGAUAGAGAAGAGAGAAGAUAUAGAGAGAGAGAAGAUGUAAUAGGAGAAGAAAGAGAUAGAUAGAGAAGAGAGGAGAGAAGAGAGAGAGAAGAGAGAGAGAGAGAGAGAGAGAAGAGAGCGAGAGAGGAGAGAGAGAGAGAGAGAGAGAGAGAGAGAGAGAGAGAGAGAGAGAGAGAGAGAGAGAACUGGAACCUGUUUUGGGGGGCUGGAGAGUUUUUUGAGGAGAGAGUACCGUCGUGACAAAGGAAUAAACAACAGAGAACAAACUGGACAUAUACAAUGAGAUCUUCAUCGUCUCUUGGAGGGAAAUGAAUAUGGAUAUUGGACUCCAGGUGUUUCUCUGUGAUUGACCACCAAGGUGUUUGGUCAUUGAAGCGUUCGCCAGGGGGAAAGGGGGAACACAGAAGGGGUAGAGCAAGAGGGACCCUGGUCCAGUCCGGACCAAACCAGACCAGUCCAGCCAUGACCUCAGGUGGCGCCCUCCGCAGGCGCCUCGCCUCCUUCCGCACGUCUUGGAGGCGGAGCGCUGAGUACCUGUUUAAGGUAGGCCACGCCCACUCAGGAAGUGUACCUGGUGGGAUGACGGGGCUGCUGUCAAACACCCUACUAUGUAUUUAGGGUAUCUGGGGUACCUUGAGGAAUGGCAUAUAAAGUUGUAGAUUUUGGGUGAAAUUAACCUUUAAGAAUGAGUUUGUCCAUACAUUGUUCCACUACCCACUGGGCACAGACAUCAGUUCAAUGUCUAGUUUUGAUUUACAUUUGGUUGAGUUGUCAACUAUUGUGAAUUCAAUGUGAAAUCACCAAAAAAUGUCAUCAUGUCAUUGGUUUUAGGUUAAACGUUGGUUUCCAUGUUGAUUCAACGUCAUCCCAUUGAUAUUUUUGGUUGAAAUGACGUGAAAACAACGUUGAAAACCAGUUUUUUCCCAGUGGGUACAUACCAAUAUCUCAGCUUCUUUGGUGGUUUUGGUCUUUCAUUGAAUGUCUUCCUUCUGUCUCUCUGUGUUUUGGUGUUUCAUUGAAUGUCUUCCGUCUGUCUCUCUGUGUGUUUUGGUCUUUCAUUGAAUGUCUUCCUCCUGUCUCUGUGUUUUGGUCUUUCAUUGAAUGUCUUCCUCCUGUCUCUCUGUGUUUUGGUCUUUCAUUGAAUGUCUUCCUUCUGUCUCUCUGUGUUUUGGUCUUUCAUUGAAUGUCUUCCUUCCUGCUUCUGUGUUUUUGGUCUUUCAUUGAUAUCUUCCUCCUGUCUCUCUGUGUUUUGGUCUUUCAUUGAAUGUCUUCCUUCUGUCUCUCUGUGUUUUGGUCUUUCAUUGAAUGUCUUCCUCCUGUCUCUCUGUGUUUUGGUCUUUCAUUGAAUGUCUUCCUCCUGUCUUUCUGUGUUUUGGUGUUUCAUUGAAUGUCUUCCUCCUGUCUCUCUGUGUUUUGGUGUUUCAUUGAAUGUGUUCCUCCUGUCUCUCUGUGUUUUGGUGUUUCAUUGAAUGUCUUCCUCCUGUCUCUCUGUGUUUUGGUGUUUCAUUUAAUGUCUUUCUCCUGUCUCUCUGUGUUUUGGUGUUUCAUUGAAUGUCUUCCUCCUGUCUCUCUGUGUUUUGGUGUUUCAUUGAAUGUUAUUCCUUCCUGUCUCUUGUGGUUUUUUGGUGUUUUAUUGAAUGUUUUCAUCCUGUCUCUCUGUGUUUUGGGGUUUCAUGAAUGUCCUUCUCCUGUUUCUAUGUGUUUGGUGUUCAUUGAAUGUCUUCCUCUGUUUGUUUCUCUGUGUUUUGCAGUGGUUCAUUGAAUGUCUUCCUCCUGUUUCUCUGUGUUUUGGUGUUUCAAGUGAAGGUCUUCCUACUGUUAUCUGUGUUUGGUGUUUCAUUGAAUGUCUUCCUCCUGUUUCUCUGUGUUUUGGUGUUUCAUUGAAUGUCUUCCUCCUGUUUCUCUGUGUUUCUCUUCUUGGUAGUUUGUUGGUCCUGCUGGGUAGUGUAUCUUUACAGCUGGUUUUGAUAACUGGGAUGAGUAUUACUGAGGUGGAAAGCAGAACACACCACACACCACACACACACACACACACACACACACACACACACUAACAGUCACUUAGGGAUAGUUCUCUGAGUCAUAGCUAAUGAAAAAAAGAGUUGUGUGUGUGUGUGUGUUUGUGGUUGGACACAGAGAGUAUGAGAGGCUUGGUGGUUGGGUUGUGUGUACACGUUUAGUUCUGCAUGUGUAUAUAGGCGUAUGUGUGUGUGUCCAUGCCGUGUGCGAUGCAAGAGACCUUGUUCUUACGUUAUUGCCCCUCUUGUCCCCUGUGAACAGACAUAUUGUUUCAGUUUUCUAGCAACAGUGUCCAUCGUACCAGCAGGCAGCAUCUGUUUCUAGUCACAUCACAAUGAAGAAUGGCUUUUCAUUUUGCCUCUCUAGCAUUAGUUUCAUCACAGAGAAAUGAAUGGAAGAAUGGCAACACAGAGCUCUGUACUGUGUACAUCACCUUCUGUCCAGGACCUCUCUAUCCUACUACACAUACCGCUGUCUAUGUUCUUAACCCAUAUGGAGAAGUCAGUGCUUGCCUUGUGGGGAAAAAGGAUGUUGAAUCACUAAAGAUAGCCCUAGCCAAGUCCCAGUAUUCGUAGACAUCUCCCUUUCCGCAUCUCCUUUUCUUUGUGACCAUGGACAGACAGAUGGGAGGAUGUAGAUGUCAAUGUAACUCUUACAGAAGGGUAAAACACAGACAGACAGCUAUGUACUAUACAGGCUAAGUUGAAAUGUUCAUGUAUUUUCACAUUUCAAACAUACGGUACGUUGCUAGCGUAUCAAACUGAACGUUUCAACCUAUAGCCUUUGCUGUGAGUGUGCUGGUUGGCUGGUUGGUUCCAGGACACGUCAAAUAUGUGAUGUCAGUUAGAUUACUGUAACAGGAAACAACCAGUUAUCAGUAAUUAGAUGUUUCCUAAUGUUGCUGUAUUAAGUUACCAUAAAGGAAAGGAGAUGAGGAAAUGAGGAGAUGAGCAAAGAAAGCUGUUUAAGACUGUAGGGAUGCAGUCUCUGCUCUGUGCCACACGACACUAACCAACCAACCCAUCACCACGCCGUCCCCAGGGUCAUAGACAGGCUAAUACCAUGGUAAUACUAUGCGUUUAAAGCACCAGCUGUCCGACAGCAUCUAUUUUAAAACACAACACUUUUGUUUCUGAACACUGUGAUCUAUUGUCUAAUGUCCCUCUUCUGUUUAUCACCCUCGUUGUUGCAAUGAAAUGUGUUUCGUGUUCAGUGCUGCAGCCUCCUCGAUAUUCUCCAGUGCUUUUCUCGCUGUAGUUAGAGUGAGGAAUGGGAACACAGGGUACAAGUUAUGCCCCAGGGAUAUAAUGUUAUUUCAAAAGCGAUGGACGCAUCUCAUCUGGCUAAAUUCUAUCCAGUUGUGUUUGGAUUUGAUAUAGUUUAAGGCCAGAUGCAGUGUCCUUUAAUGUCGAAUUUACAAUGCAGUUGUGUAUGACACACGCUCGCACACUUACAUAAUACACAAACAAUGCCAAGUUGAUCAAGGAGACUGAGUGUAUCUUCUCUGUGUUCUCUGUAGGGAACCCCAAGGUCCUGUAAGAGUGAGCAGACUAGACGAAGGUCAUCACGGUAAGAGAGACCACUGUCUUUCCCUCACUAUCUCAGCUGUCACUAUUCCUCAUCUACUGCAGUAGACAGCCACAUUAGACCUGUUUCUCUGACCUCAUGUGUCGGUUCGUUGAUACCCAUAGCGCUCAAUACAAACUGAAAUCCAUGGACACAGGCCUAUCAAAAACACAUCAGGAUGUAUUCUAUCCUGUUGUCAGAUCAUUGUGACAACAAUGCCUGUUUCUCCAGCUAUGUUUCCCAUCUAACAGCCAACUGUGAGUUGGGAUUUUGGUAACUGAUCAGAAGGAUUGCGCAAUGCCAGCUUGGAUCAUUCCGGAACACUUUGUUCUGAACUGAAGAACUAGGAUUGAAGAUAUUUAUGGAAACGUGUGAUAUCAUAUAAAACCAUUUCUAAUUACCAUAGACAUAAAUCACAUUGGUUUCUCAAUACUGAAGAGUCACACAUUAAAGCUAUAAGAGAUAAUAGAUACCACACACAAGAGCCACCAAGGAAGAGUUUUAUAGAUCUAUGCUGAUGUACAAACCCUGUAAGAUAUCAGGGGCCAUAUUCUCCUCUCCCCUCCUCUCCUCUCUCCCCCCUCCUCCCUUCUCCUCUCCCCUCCUCUCCUCUCUCCUCUCUCCUCCUCUCCUCCCCUCCUCUCCCCAGGAGUGUGUCUGCUGCAGGCCAUGGAUGAGGACUAUGAGGUGGACCUGGUGUAUAUCACCUCUCUAACUAUCUCUCCUCUCCCCCCUCCUCCCUUCUCAUCCUUCCUCCUCUCCCCCCUCCUCCCUUCUCCUCUCCUCCACUCUCUCCUCUCCCCUCCUCUCCCCUCCUCUCCUCUCUCCUCCUCUCCUCUCUCCUCCUCUCCCCAGGAGUGUCAGUCUGCUGCAGGCCAUGGAUGAGAACUAUGAGGUGGACCUGGUGUAUAUCACCGAGAGGAUCAUCUCCGUCUCCUUCCCCAGCGGAGCGGAGGAGCGCAGCUACACCUCCAACAUCAAGGAGGUGGCCUCCAUGCUGGCCUCCAAACACGGGGAACACUAUCUGGUGAGACCCCCUUUCUUGCCACUGCACUACCACACUACUGGGUCUAUCUGUUGGUGUGGUGGCGUUUCAUGCACCCUGUCACGUCCUGUUGCUGAUGUACAACUGUUUCCUGGAAUCGUUAGGUCAUUCUUAUUGAUGUGGAUUUUGUGAUUUCAGCUCCUCAACCUAAGCGAGAGGAGGAAUGACAUCACCAAGCUUAACCACAAGGUAUACACACACACACACACACACACACACACACACACACACACAUUCACACGCACGCACACACACAACUUUCCUAAAUGCAAUGGUGGUGGUGCAAGUUUUGAGUUGUGAUAGUGGUCUGCGUGUUCCUCUGUAGGUGCUGGAGUUUGGCUGGCCUGACCACCAUGCUCCGGCCCUGGAUAAGAUCUGCAGCAUGUGCAAGGCCAUGGACACCUGGCUCAACGCUGACCAACACAAUGUAGUGGUGCUCCACAACAAGGUACUGUAGGUGGUCGGACAUCUCCAGAGAAGGAAGGAAAGAUACAUUGUCAAAGUAUUGGAACAGGGUCCUGUAGCCUUACAGAUCACUGAUCACUCCAAGGAAGGGAGGAAGGAAGGAUACAUUGUCAAAGUAUUGGAACCGGGUCCUGUAGCCUUACAGAUCACUGAUCACUCCAAGGAAGGGAGGAAGGAUACAUUGUCAAAGUAUUGGAACAGGGUCCUGUAGCCUUACAGAUCACUGAUCACUCCAAGGAAGGGAAGAAGGAAGGAUACAUUGUCAAAGUAUUGGAACCGGGUCCUGUAGCCUUACAGAUAACUGAUCACUCCAAGGAAGGGAGGAAGGAGGGGUUUAUUCCCGGGGGUAUUACAGUAUGUUGUGGUCCACUGUGUUAAGGACAGUAGAGGGUGCUCUCUGUUUCAAGAGUGUGAAAGGAGACAGCCAGGCCCCAGGGAGAAGGUCCCCUAUGAAUACUCUACUCUGUAUGUCCUCAAUUCCCAUUGGGUAAGGAGGUAAAACAUCAAACUGUCUCCCUAGCUCAUUGGUUGAAAAAGGAAAGGCACCAAACUGUUUCCCUGUACCUCAUUGGACAAAGUGGGAUAAUCAAGCUGUCAAGACAAGUCCUCCACAUUCUAGUAUUGCUGGUAAAACACUUAAAUGGUCCUUAACUGCAGACUAUUAGACUGAAGCCAUAUUUCACAAAGAAAGACAGUAAACAGGAGAGUCAUUUGAUUCUAAUAGAGACUGUUGCUGCUGCUGCCAGCGUUUUGGCAGCACAACCUCCUCCCCCAACCUCUCAGGCCCAAUGUGUCAUCAUACGACUUGUCAUGAAUGAUCCAAUGUCAACUACAGUAACGACUUUAAAAACUUGAUCUAAGUCUCUAUCAAUCAGUGUUAAAGACGUUGAGUCAAUGUAGCUGAAUAGUGAGUAGUAACUUGAUAAGUCUGUGGGGGAACAUUUUAUUCAAUAUGUACAACAAGCGGUAGCAAACAGAGCAUCCCCAUGGUUACCAACGCUUAUUUUCCACCUCAUCCUGAAAUUGAAGCUUUUGGUCAAGACGGAAAAACUGCUCCCAUUCAGAAAGCCUCAUUUGAUUAAAUGCAAUUUGUUAUCGCCCUACUCAGAAAUGUUCCACGUGCUGUUUCAGAGUUAAAGGUCAAAAUGUGCUGUUGCAUUUCUAUUUUCUGUUGGAUUUGACCACAAAGAAUGUCAUCGUGAUAAAUGGAACCAGGCAGUUUGAUCAAAUUCGAUCUGUGGCAGUCUGGAUUGAAAUUAGCCUAGUCACUCAAAUCAAACUCACUGCACAGCAUUUACAUGUCUACACUGCAGGUACAAACAUUGUUCGACCUUGAAGUGUGUAACUAAAAAUACCCUUGUAUUCUCUCUCAAAAAUGAUUUCUCCCUCUCUCUCUCUCCCCCCCCCCCCCUCUCUCUCCCUCUCUCCCCCCCUCUCUCUCUCUCCCUCUCUCCCUCUCAUUCUCUCUCUCCCUCUCUCCUCUCCCCUCCUCUCCUCUCUCUCUCCCGUCUCUCCUCUCCCUCGCUCCUCUCUCUCUCUCCUCUCUCUCUCCCUCUCCCCUCCCCUCACUCCUCUCUCUCCUCUCUCUCCUCUCCUCUCCGGCCCCCUCUCUCUCCCUGCUCUCUCUCUCUCCCCUCUCCUCUCCACCUCCCUUCUCUCUCCCCCUCUCCCCUCUCCGUCUCUCUCUCUCUCUCUCCUCUCUCCCUCUCGUCUCCCCUCGUAUCUCUCCCUCGCUCUCCCCUCUCUCUCCUCUGCUCCUCCUCCUCUCUCCCUCUCUUCCCUCUCCUUCACGCACUCACUGUGUGGUGCUCUUCUGCUCCUCCCCAUUCGCCUCUCGGCUUCUUCUCCACUCCUAUUUCCCUGUUUGGAGCUCUCCCCCCCUUAAUUCCCGCUCUCUCUCUCUCUCCCUCUCUCCCUCUCAUUCUCUCUCUCCCUCUCUCCCUCUCUCUCUCUCUCUCUCUCUCUCCCUCUCUCUCUCUCUCUCUUUCUACAGGGGAACCGAGGGAGGACAGGAGUGGUGGUGGCUGCCUACAUGCAUUACAGCAACAUAUCAGCCAGGUACCAGAGACUUCUGACUGCAGACCAACUGAUCUAAUUGACCCUAUUUUUUGUUAGUCAACAUGGAACAAUGUAUUCAUUCAAUAUCACCACCAUGCUUGAAGUUCCAUACAUCCUUAAGGUUCCCAGAUAUUUCCAGAUUAAUACAAACAGACAUUUGUCCAUUCUAUACAUUUAAUUUUAUAUUUCUAUCAUGGUUGGGGUCCAUUUGAAUUGAAGGCAGUCAAUUCAGGAAGUAAACUGACAUUUUAAUUCAGUAAUUGAAAAAAUCUGUUUUCAAUGACUUCUCAAUAAGCUAAAAAGGAGAAGCUUUUUCCAUUUUGGGAUUUUUAAUUCAAAUCACUUUUUGAAUUGACUGACUUCCAUUCGAAUUCACCCCAACCCUGAUUUCUAUGGCUUCACCCCUUGAGAUGUGGGUCAAGCCAUAGACAAAAGCAUGGGAGGAUGUUAGGCAAGCACAUAGAUCUGUAACAGAUAGAUAGGCCAAAGGGAAUGGAGACGGGCCUCAAAUUAAACACUGAUGUGGUUAUUAUGUCAAAACAUUCUGUUCAGGCUCUGGUGUGUUUUUGGCCAAUAAAGAGGAACACUUACAUAUGUCAUACUCUGUAAGGUCUCCAGAUGUUUCAGGGUGGGGGACGGGGCUUACAGUCUUACAGUUUCACUAAGAAAUAAGAAAGAUCAAAUCACACACUUAUAUUGUUGUUUGUUUGAUACUCAAACAGUACACUCAUGAACAAACGUUACGUGUUACAGAUGUAUGUAAUUUGAGACAGUUUGCUACGGCAGGAAAAUAAUACUGCAGCAACAGGAAAUGUGAAUUAUUAUGUGGAUUAUAAUUCCUGGACAUUUUUUAACUUCAGAAGCCUUUUUAAACCUCAAAUACCCUAUACAUUUUAAAUUUCCUGCAGGAAAGUUGACCUGCAACAGGGUGAUCAAAUUAAGAUCCUACAUCUGUACAUUGACCAGAGAAUAAUCCUGGGAUACUGUAGCAUUGUGGGGAUGGCAAAAGAUUAAAAGCAGUAGAUAAAUGACACAUUUUAAGGGACACGGUCGAUUAAGGAUGUUUUUUAGGGGAGAAGACAACGUAAGGGCACUUUUCAGGGUCAUUUCAGGGCACACUUAUUGUAUGUAUGUUGUAUGUGUUCAGUGAAGAAGAGACGAUAAUGAACUUUGUCUCUCCUGUGGUCUUCAGUGCUGACCAGGCACUGGACAGGUUCGCCAUGAGGCGCUUCUACGAAGACAAAGCACUUCCUGUGGGUCAACCGUCCCAGAGAAGGUCAGUUACUACUUACUACCUCACUUCCUGUUUUUGCACACUACAACUUCCUAUAGGCUGAAUGAGUUUGAUCCCUUGGUGAGAGCAACUGGCUUGAUUCCAUUCUUAGAAUGUGCACCCUUCAUUCUGUUCAGUGAGGAAGUCAACAAGGGUAAAGGGAAGGUCGUGACUUCUCAGAGUGGAAUCCAGUCAAUGGAUGACCUGGUGUAACUCUCACUGUUUCAAAGGCUAUCCUCCUCUCCUCUCCUCAGUCCCUCGCUCCCAAUGCGUCUCAAACAGGAAAUACCGCUGUCUUUUUUUGUUCCCUUAAUCCUCCCGAUGAAGCCUAAUUGACAUAAUUGAGGAAGAAUGUUUGUUGGAAAGUGAGCAGCUUUUUGUCUUCUCCAGGAUUCCACUGAGAGCUGAAAGGUCACAGGGUUUUCAGAGUUCAUUCUGACAAUACUAUCCAUCCUUCCUUCCUCCCCUUCUCAGUGAUCUGGCAUGCUGAAUAGGUGGCUUUGUAAUGGAACCCUUAGUGGCACUUAGAACUGAUUUAGGGUCAGAUCUCACUAACCCAGUCCUAGCCAUUGGUCAUUACUGAGUAAAUAACAAACUGACCCAGGAUCAGUAGGUUGUGGCAGAUAAGGGAACCCUAGGUGGAUCCAGCAGGCAACAGCAGCAGUAGCAGCACAAGGCCUGGCCUCUGACCAGCUGCUAUUUCCUUACUUAGAUAUAAUUAUCCCUCAGCCAGUGCCCUGCAGUCUGGACUUAUUAUGGUCUGGCAUGUGUGACAUUAACAUGGGGAGCGGUGGUGGUGGUGGAUCUCAGCACUGCUACACCAAUGCCAUAGAAACGCACCACAUAGAGAAACACUCAUUUCUGUUCUGAAAGGUAUCACUAUCAGAUCAUCAUCAACAUUCUUGUGAGGAAAUUCCACUCUAUAUUAGAAUCUAGGUUAGAUUGGAAUAUUCUGAGCCAAAAUGGCAGAUGGUUGUCCAGCCUUGAUCUCUGUGCAGCCCAACAUUAUAUCUAUCUCUAUACAGUAGUACCUGUAAUAUGUCAGAAUCUGUGUGGCCGUGUUGUCCGGCGUGACCCCGCUGUUACACAGGGAGCUCCUUACACAACCCAGCUGGUCUGUGAUUGCUUCCUGCUCCGACCUAAUUGAAUUUGGGAGACCGAACCAUCUGGCGGCUGCCAGCGGAGCGCGGGGUGAGCACAGGGGUGGUGGGGAGAUGGGCCGACCUCUGGAACAGAGGUCACACUCUGCAUGAUCAUCAUUAGUAUCAUUAACAGGCUGCCUGGCAGGCAGACAUCAACAACACAACAUAACUCUGUAUGGCAGGCAGACAUCACCAACACAACACAACAUACCCCUGCCUGGCAGGCAGACAUCACCAACACAACACAACAUACCCCUGCCUGGCAGGCAGACAUCACCAACACAACAUACCCCUGCCUGGCAGGCAGACAUCACCAACACAACACAACAUACCCCUGCCUGGCAGGCAGACAUCACCAACACAACACAACAGACCCCUGCCUGGCAGGCAGACAUCACCAACACAACAGACCCCUGCCUGUCAGGCAGACCGGUCUGGCGCUCGUACACUCCAAUUCAUUCUGACAUCUCCAUAGUGUGCGAAGACUCUUUUAUAAUAGAUGUGGUGUUUACUAGUCUUGCUUGCCAGACUCAUGGUGCAUGUCAUUGAAGGGUUUGUCCCUCUGUUUCACUCUGUGACUGUGUUGUGUGGUUGUGUGUAGGUAUGUGCGUUAUUUCAGUGGUCUGCUCUCUGGCCACAUCAAGAUUAACAACAAGCCUCUGUUCCUGCACCACGUCAUCAUGCACGGCAUCCCCAACUUCGAGUCCAAAGGAGGUGAGGAGUCUGCAACAGGAUAGCCUUUAUUUCAUUAUUAUAAAUGAUUAAUGAUUCAUUUUUUAAAAUCUUUAUUAAUUUUUUCUUCAAUGGGAUAGCCUUUAUUCAAUGUGUAUAAAUAUUUUUUUCAUUUUGGAACACUUUUUCUUCUUUUUGACUUUUUUCCCCUCGCAGGCUGCCGUCCUUUCCUGAAGAUUUACCAGGCGAUGCAGCCAGUCUACACGUCAGGGAUAUAGUAUGUUUAUUUAGUAUUUAUCUGUUGCAUUGUGGGUUGAUGUCUUUCAGAGGGCUUGUUUUCCCUCCUCUUUCUUUCUGUCCCUCUCAGUCCACAGUACUUUCAAGUCUGUCACCCCUUGUUAAGAGAUUAGCCCUUAAUAAUCUCCAUCUGUGUAUGUGUGUGUGUGUGUGUUUGUGUGAGAGAGAGAGAGAGAGAGAGAGAGGGGAGGGAGAAAUAGAGAGAGCGGAAGAGAGCGAGAGAAAGCAUGAGAGAGAGAGAAAGAAGAGAGAGAGAGAGAGACAGAGAGAGAGAGAGAGAGAGAGAGAGAGAGAGAGAGAGAGAGACAGAGAGAGAGAGAGAGAGAGAGAGAGUAUGUAUGUAUGUGUGUCAGUGUGUUUGCUGGUGGGGCAGGCAGGCAGAUAGGGUGUCAUUAACACAGCUCCGGGGUUCUAUGUGUACAGGGAGGCAUACCGUAACUUGCACCUCACUGACCCACCUUCCCCACCCUACCACCCCACCCGGGGUCCUCACCACCAAAACAAAACCACACGGAAAUGACCCCCCCACACACACUCACACACAUUUACAAUCUGCCUUUUGAUAACUGAUUUGGGAUCAGCUCUUCUUACUUCAGUCAUACCUUAACCAUUAUAAGACAAACACCCAAAACUGUUUUUAAAGUGUUUAUAAUGUUUUUGAUCUGUGUUAUUUCCACAGUAACGUCCAAGGCGACGGUCACACCAGUAUCUGUAUCACCAUUGAACCUGGCCUGCUCCUGAAGGGAGACAUUCUAGUAAGAAGCACAUCCUCUGUCAUCAAAUGCAUGGAUGUUGUGGUUGUACUGUAUACUGUGUUGUAUUGGCCUUAGAGGCCUUAGUGGUCUUACAGUAGGUUCAUAUAACUGUUGAAUGUUGACUUUUUUCACAUUCCUCGACCACAGGAUAUUUUCUUUCUCUCUCUCUCUCUCUCUCUCUCUCUCUCUCUCUCUCUCUCUCUCUACUUCUCGCGCUCUCUCUACUCGCUUUCUCUCCUCUCUCUCUCUCUCUCCUCUCCUCCGUCUAUCCUCUCUCUCUUCUCUCUCUCUCUCUCUCUCUCAUCUCUCUUCUCUCUCUUCUCUCUUCUUCUCUCUCUCUCUCUCUGUAAUGUUAUCUUGCCCUCCUGUUCACUAGAGUUCUAUUAGGGAAGAAUGUGUCCUUGUUCCACCACACCAGCACACACCAGACCAGACCAUGCAUCCCCUGUUCUGACCCUGUUCUGUUCUGGAGGAAAAUCAUUGUCUGAUCUCUAGGACUAGCAGGGUUUAGGGCUGGAGAUCUACGACCAUGAGUUUGACAAUCUGGACUGCUUCCUUGGUCUGGUUUGACUUUAGCAAAAGUUGUUGUCUUCAUGUCCGGAUAUAUGCUUACUCUCUCCUCCUCCUCCUCCUCCUCCUCCUCCUCCUCCUCCUCUUCUUCCUCUUCCAGUUGAAGUGUUACCACAAGCGUUUCCGGAGCCCCAGUAGGGAUGUGGUGUUCAGAGUGCAGUUCCACACCUGUGCCAUCCAUGACCUGGGAGUGGUCUUCGGGAAGAAUGAACUGGAUGAGACAUUUAAAGGUAUGUGUGUGUGUGUGUUUCUUUGUAGGAGUGCGUACACAUGUUUGUGUGUGUAUGUACACUACCGUUCAAAGUUUCUUGGCAAUUUCUUCGCGUGGAAUAGCCUUCAUUUCUCAGAACAAGAAUAGACUGACGAGUUUCAGAAGAAAAUUAUUUGUUUCUGGCCAUUCUGAGCCUGUAAUCGAACCCACAAUUGCUGAUGCUCCAGAUACUCAACUAGUCUCAAGAAGGCCAGUUUUAUUGCUUCUUUAAUCAGCACAACAGUUUUCAGCUUUGCUAACAUAAUUGCAAAAGGGUUUUCUAAUGAUCAAUUAGCCUUUUAAAAUGGUAAACUUGGAUUAGCAAACACAACGUGCCAUUGGAACACAGGACUGAUGGUUGCUGAUAAUGGACCUCUGUACGCCUAUGUAGAUAUUCCAUUAAAAAAAUCUGCCGUUUCCAGCGACAAUAGCCAUUUACAACAUUAACAAUGUCUACACUGUAUUUCUGAUCAAUUUGAUGUUCUUUUAAUGGACAAAAAAAAUGGCUUUCCUUUCGAAAAGUGACCCUAAACUUUUGAACGGUAGCAUACCUACAUGGCCUCUCUAAAAAUGUGAAAUUGAAUGUUGUUUAAUGUGUCUCUACACAGAUGAGAGAUUUCCAGAGUAUGGGAAAGUGGAAUUUGUCUUCUCCUUCGGUCCUGAGAAAAUCAAAGGUACAGGUAAUCAGUGUAUUUAAAGUCGAAUGCUUCAAUGCAUGCACCAUGUAGAAAUGUAUACACAAACUAUAUUUGGUACAAUAAGGUAAUGCACCACAGCAUGGAUUGGUGUAAAUUGAUUUAAGUGUGUUGUCACCAUGGUUACUGCAUGUGGCUAGACAGAAAGUAAAUUAUAUACUGCAUUUCUGUUAUGGGCAUUAAUGGGUUAAAGACUGCAUUACCCAGCUGGCUUUGUGUCUCUCAGGAAUGGGCCACCUUGAGAAUGGCCCACAAGUGUCGGUGGACUACAAUACCCAAGACCCCCUCAUCCGCUGGGACUCCUACGAGAAUUUCAACAGGGGCUGCGAGGAUACAGGAGAUGGUGAGAACCAAGACACACACACACACACACACACACACACACACACACACACACACACACUCACACACACACACACACAGUGGUGGAAAAAGUACCCAAUUGUCAUACUUGAUUAAAAGACACCUUAAUAUCAGUGGAGGUUGCUGAGUGAGGUUGUUUGAUGUAUUUGACAUCAUUCCACUAAUUCCGCUCCAGCCAUUACCAUAAACCCAACCUCCCCAAUUAAGGUGACACCAACCUCCUGUGCCUAAUAGAAAAGUGAAAGUCGCCUAGUAAAAUAGUACUUGAGUAAAAAUCUGCAAGUAUUUGGUUUUAAAUAUACUUAAGUAUCAAAGUAAAUGUAAUUGCUAAAAUAUACUUUAGUAUCAAAAGUAAAAGUAUAAAUAAUUAAAAAUUCCUUAUAUUAAGCAAACUAGAUAGCACCAUAAAAAAGAAUUGGGUCAGCCAGAGGAACACUCCAACACUCAGACAUAAUUUACAAACCAAGCAUGUGUGUUUAGUGAGUCCAUCAGAUCAGAGGCAGUAGGGAUGACCAGGGAUGUUCUCUUGAUAAGUGAGUGAAUUGGACAAUUUUCCUGUCCUGCUACGCAUUCAAAAUGUAACGAGUACUUUUGGGUGUCAGGGAAAAUGUAUGGAGUAAAAAGUACAUUAUUUUCUUUAGGAACGUAGUGAAGUAAAAGUAUAAGUUGUCAAAAAUAUAAAUAUAAAGUACAGAUACCCCUUUCAAGUAUUUGUACUUAAAUACUUUACACCACUUCACACAUACACACACACACACACACACACACACACACACACACACACACACACACACACACACACACACACACACACACACACACACACACACACACACACACACACACACACACACACUCACACAGUCACACAGACACACACAGUGACACACACAAACACACACACACAGUCACACAGACACACACACACACAGUCACACACACACACACACACACACACCACACACACACACACACACACAACACACACACACACACACACACACACACAGUCACAUAGUCACACAGUCACACACACAGCACAGUCAGACUAGGUGUGCUGGAUCAGUUGUCUUCACUACAGUGACUAAUAGAGUCUUCAAGACUAACUGUCACAUAACUGGCCGCCCUCGGUGGGGGGGGGGUAUUGAAAUGUUAACGUUGACUCACACACACGCACACACACUCAUACAUCCACAAGUGACGGACUCAACAGGCAGAUGUUGGCAUGUAAAUCAGUAGACCCCCCCUCACAGUCUAGAAGAAACCAAAGGAUGUUGGCUGACUUCCAGUUGGCUAGCAGUAUACCUCAACAGCAGAACGGUGUGAUAAUGGGCCAAUAUCAUUUUCAUGAAAUGUAAUAAAAGCCUCCUUGCGGUGGUAGACCCAUGAGAGUCAUAUAGAGCUAUAUCACACUGUACAGUUAGGGACUUUCUGGUGUUACUGCGUGAUGCAACCCUUGAUUAGUUGUGGGGAACACAGUCCUCUCCUUGGACAGCAGGUGUUCCUAUAGAGCCCCUGAUGUUUGGUAAAUGAAGGUGAUAGUGAGAGGCCACAGCAUUUAGGAACAUGGCCCUUCUACUGGCCCUUCCACUGGUACUUCCACUGGCCCUUCCACUGGUACUUCCACUGGCCCUUCCACUGGCCCUUCCACUGA